AUGUCAUCGAGCGUUCCCAAACCUCGGCCUCGGCCCGCCCACACCUCGGGCACCACGAGAUGCGCCUACACGACUGACGGGAGGCGCCUCGUCACCGUGGGCUCCAACAAUACCAUCCGUGUCUACAAGACGGGCUUCGAUGGCGAGCCAGCCAACAUUGACGACUGCCAGGAGCAGAACGUCGCCGUCGCCGCCGCAGAGGACUUCUUCGUCGUCGGCUCCGAAGACGGCACCGUGAGCGUCUACUCCACCGAACUUGCCACUUUCGAGCGCUUUCUCCUCCGCACUUCCCUACCCGUCCGCGACGUGGCCUUGUCCCCCGACCGACAAUGGUGCGCCGUUGCCAGCGAUGAGCUCACAGUCAAGAUUGUCGGCACCCAGGACAACGGCCAAGUCCGUACCCUCAAGGACCAUGGCCGCCCGGCCAAACACGUCGCCUUCGAUCCCAAGGGCGGCAUGCUUGCCGUCUCGUGUACCGAUGGCAUCAUAUACAUCUACUCGCUGACGGCUGACGUGCCGGAACUGAUACACAAGGUUGACGGGCUCGUCGGGUCGCUGGAUACCGACUCGGACAUCUCCGCCAAGGUCGCCUGGCACCCGGACGGCCGCGCCUUCGCCGCUCCCUCCCCGAUCCAUAACAUCCAGGUCGUGUCCAAGAACGACUGGGAGAAGCAGAGGGUUUUUGCCAACGGGCAUUUGGGUCAUGUCACUGCCCUGGCGUGGUCGCCUAAUGGUGCCAUGCUCGCGACGGCCGCCAAGGACGGCAAAAUUCUGAUCUGGGAGACCAAGACCCAGAGCGUCAUCCAGAAAGCCGACUAUGGCAAUGUCAUCGAUAUUUCCUGGCACCCUACAGAUAAUCUCAUAUCCUUCACCACCUCGGACGGCGAGGUCUACAUCUGCCCCCAAUUCGUCAACGAGCAGUUUGCCUCUCUCGUCAAGCUCCCGAAACAGCCCGCUCCUUUCAUCCACGACCCCUUGGAGGAGAUUUCCACCAUCCGUCGUCCCCUCCAGGCCGACCGGAACGGUAUUCCCGCACGACCGCGCCGGGUAUCUCUCGGCAGCCUCGAUUCAUUUUUGAAUGGCGACGACGACGACAGGGACGGCCACGGGGCUCUAGGCCUGGAUGGUGACGACCUGGACGAUUUCGUGGUCGACGACGACGGCGCAGGCUACACGACAGGCAGGAAAAGGCCCCUUGGCGACACCGACCCCUUCGACGACGGCGCAUACGGGGACCCGGCAGCGAAACGCCGCCGCCAUCUUCUGCUCAACUCGCGCUACCACGAGCCCUUCCAGCCGGGCUCGACCCCCUGGCGCGGCAACCGCAAGUACCUCUGCCUCAAUCUCAUCGGCUUCGUUUGGACCGUCGACCAGGACGGCCACAACACCGUCACCGUCGAGUUUUACGACCGCGAGCGCCACCGCGACUUCCACUUCACCGACACCUUCCUCUACGACAAGGCCUGUCUGACCGAGCACGGCGCCCUCUUCGCCUGCCCCCCCCGCGACGAGCCAGGCAGCGAGGGGAGCAUUGGCCGACACGUCCCGGCCACCCUCUUCUACCGUCCGCACGAGACCUGGACCCAGCGUCACGACUGGCGCACCGAGUUGCCCAAGGGCGAGGCCGUCCUCGCCAUGUCGCUCAGCGACUCCUUCAUCACCGUCACCACCACUGCCGGUUACGUCCGGGUCUACAGCCUGUUCGGUCUCCCUUACCGCGUCUACCGUCCCAAGAGCUCCCCCAUGGUCACCUGCGCCAGCUGGAAAGACUACGUCAUGACCGUCGGUAACGGGCCCCUGGGCGCCGAUGGCAAGGCCCGGCUCCUCUACUCCAUCCAGAACGUCAAGACGGACGUCAUCUGCCAGAAUGAGGACACUGUAGCCUUACCCGAGGGUGUUGCUCUUAAGAGCCUCUUCUGGUCCGACAGGGGGGAUCCCUGCAUCUACGACACGACCGGCACUCUCCUGACUCUCCUUCACUGGCGCCAACCCUCACGCGCCUCAUGGGUCCCGCUCCUUGAUACCAAGCUCCUCCCCCGACUCGCCUCAGGCCGCAAAUCUGAAUCGUACUACCCCAUCGCCGUGGCCGACGCCAAGUUCCACUGCAUCAUUCUCAAAGGCGGCGACCAUUACCCUUACUUCCCCCGCCCCCUCCUCUCCGAAUUCGACUUUUCCGUCCCCCUCACCUCCGGCCCGCCCAAACCUCCCCGUGCACGCGAAGGCGAAGGCGAAGACGAACACGAAAGAGAAGACCCAGAGGACGACGAAGAAGACGACCCCGACGCCGCCGAAACCCGCAAGCUGGAGCAGGACUUCCUCCUGCGCACGCUGGAGGCCGCGCAACUCCGCGACGCGGUCGAAGACGACGGGGACGGCGCCAGCGGGGGGCGGCACUCGCAACGCUCGGCCCUGGCGCGGCUCGAGCUCGAGCUCGACAAGACGCUUCUGCAGCUGUUGGCGGCCGAGUGCCGUGCCGGCGAGGAACGCGGCAUGCGAGCCCUCGAGAUGGUCGCCCUCAUGCGGGACCGCUCCGGCCGCAUGGCGCAGGCUGCUGUCAAGGUGGCCGAGCGCUAUGGGCGGACCUUACUUGGGGAGAAGAUCCGUGAGAUUGGUGAACGGAGGGCAGCCGGUGUGGACAUGGAUCAGGAUUGGUAA